AUGUCUAAAUCGAACCAAAAACAAGCACCAGGUGAAACAUCCCUCACCAAACUGCUCGCAACGCUUCAACCAAUUCUCCACUCGGAAACCUACAUCUUCCUCACAAUCCCACCCUCACACCCCUCAUUUGGGGAUCUUGCCACUCUCCACGCCAGUCUGCAACCAAAGAUGCUCUUUCACGAACGCGAAGGCCUAACGGUGAUAACAACGCCGGCUCUCGCCUCGGCCGCGGGCUUCGAGAAGGACAAGGACUACGUCUUCGAAUGCAAGAUGAUUACGCUGACGGUGCAUUCGAGCCUCGAGGCUGUGGGGCUUACGGCUGUGUUUUCGAAAGCCUUGACGGAGAAGAAUGUCAGCGCGAAUGUUGUUAGUGGGUUCUACCAUGAUCAUAUUUUUGUUCCGGUGGGAAAGGAGGAUGUUGCGGUGCGAGUUUUGGAAGAGGUGCAGCAGGAGGCGCUGGCUCGGACGAAGGCGGAGGUUGAAGCGGAGGCUUAA